AUGACACGUGGAAGACACCAACAUCUUGCAUCACCAUCGAAAGUGACUAAAGUAAAUCGUCUUCGCUUCUUUGGUCAUAUAUUAAAGAGACCGGCAGAUCGCCUUGUUCAACGAAUUCUGAGGAGUUUGGAGUUUUUCGAGCUGGGAGAAGCCACCUGGCCGAAAACGGAAGUUCUGGAUUGGGGUGGUGAAAGAGGACCUGAGGACACUCGGCGUGGAUAG